CCAUCAAUGCACCAUUACACAUCAUGCUGGAUUUAUCUCUGGAUUGGAUUAUUAAACACAGUCAGUGUAUUUAAAACCAACUCAACUUCGUGAUAUAAUCAAACGAAGUAGCAAGACUUCCUGUCAGCUCAGGAUCUAUUCUUUAUUAUCAAGACUUGAUUGAUUAUUUAUUAAAUAUGAUUCCAGUGCAGCUGAUCUCAGCUUUGAUAGUGGCGUGUGGUUGCAGCGCGCUCGUGGACGCAAUGCAAGCAAACUUCAGUCUGGAUAAUGACAUUCAGUCCAGCUUCCUCCAGCGGCGGCUGAAGAGCCAGGAGCGCAGGGAAAUCCAGCGGGAGAUCCUCUCCAUCCUCGGGCUGCCGCACCGGCCCCGUCCGGUCCUACAGGAGAGGCACACCGCGGCUCCCAUGUUCAUGCUUGAUCUGUAUAAUAACGCCAUCCUGGAGGACUCCUACAAACCUGCGUACACCACCCCGGGACCCCCGAUGGUGACCCAGCAGGACAGUCUCCUUCUCAGUGAUGCCGACAUGGUGAUGAGCUUUGUCAAUCUGGUGGAUCUAGAAGAAGACCUCCGUCUCUAUCAUCAGCACCACAGAGAGUUUCGUUUCGACCUGUCCCGCAUACCGCCGGGAGAAACCGUGACCGCGGCGGAGCUCCGCAUCUACAAGGACUUUGUACACGAGCGCUAUGAAAAUGAGACUUUCCGUGUCAGUGUGUUCCAGGUGCUCCAACAGCAGCCCAAAAGGGAGCUGUACCUGCUAGACUCGCGAGUGGUAUGGGCAGCAGAAGAGGGAUGGCUGGUAUUUGACCUCACGGUCACCGCUAACCACUGGGUUAUAAACCCAGGUCAGAACUUGGGACUGCAGCUCUCUCUGGAAACCGCAUACGGUGAACGAAUGAACCCAAGGAGAGCAGGUCUGGUGGGCAGCACUGGACCUCGGAAUAAGCAACCAUUUAUGGUGGCGUUUUUGAAAGCCUCAGGAAUCCAUCUCCGUAGUGUUCGCUCAGCAUCAGGAAACAAACAGAGGGGUCACCAGCGCUCUAAAAACCCCAAACCUGGUGUUGCGCCCAGCCAGGUCUCUUUGAAGACAGCUGAGACCGCAGAGGGUUCCAGUGUAGACCCCAAACAGGGCUGCAAGAAGCAUGAACUCUAUGUCAGCUUUAGAGAUCUGGGAUGGCAGGACUGGAUCAUUGCUCCAGAGGGUUAUGCUGCAUACUACUGUGAGGGGGAAUGUGUGUUCCCCUUGAACUCUUAUAUGAAUGCCACAAACCAUGCUAUUGUACAGACACUGGUCCAUUUCAUAAACCCAGAAACAGUCCCAAAGCCCUGCUGUGCUCCUACUCAGUUACAUGGAAUCUCCGUUUUGUACUUUGAUGACAGUUCCAAUGUAAUACUGAAAAAGUACCGCAACAUGGUCGUCAGAGCCUGCGGGUGCCACUAAUUACUACGCAUGCCCUGGGAAAAAAAUGAGGGAUGCAAAUACUUUUCAAGAGCCCAAAGAGGAAAGAGACUCAUUACUGGAGCAAAACUGGACCCCUUUGUUGGAGGAGUGUACAUCCAAAGCAUCCAUUUUCAUUUAAAACUCAAAACUCCUGGAACUGUAUGAGGUUGGCCACAGCUGAGUCAAUGUGUGGAGUUCUGGCUUUGAUUUCUGCACAGAGAGCCAAGUUUGGAAUAUCAAAGAGGACAUACAGAGAGAAAGAACUGGCCUUAGAGAUUUAACCAGAUUGAUCAGGAAACAUUGCUUUAUGGAGACUUCUUUACAAAAUACACUUGUAUUAUGGCAUGAAUUCACUAAAGUAAUUCCUGGAAAAUUCCUGCCAUGACUUAUCUUGAACUUAACAGAAAGUCUGGACCACUAGUCAAAAUAUUUCUAUUGUGAAUUUCCUUAUUUAAUUAAAAAAAACAAUUUCUGUUAACAACUAAACAUAACAAUGUGAGUUAAAAUGAAUGGUAAAGGGUUUUUUUUUUUGCAUCUUUUGUGCUUCAAUCGAAGAUUUCAGAAUCUUAAAUAUCUCUUUUCUUCAUUCUGGUUAUUUCUAGGUUUAAAUUAGACGAUGAAUCACAUAAUUUCCAUGUGGUUGCAGACGGUAGACCCACUGUAUUUUGAAGGAGAUGUGAAAUAGAAAUGCAAAUGAGGGGUGUCCAUUACAGUGAGACAAAGCAUUAGUUUUAAUGUCAUUCUUUCAGGACACUCAACAAACCAUUACACCGAUGUUCAGCACUCGAUUAAACAGUACUGCGGAAAUAUGCAACUCA